GCACCUAAUAAUUUUUCCAACAAUACCCCCUCCAUUAUUUCCAUCACAUCGACUGUUCAGCACUCUUCGUCUCCCUCUCUCCUCUCUCUCUAAUAUGCAGAUCAAAAAACCCUUCAAUAUUUCGUUUCGUUACAUGGACGCUGAAACUCUCCUCUCUUCUUUUUUCUACGUCUAAGCACUUCCUCCCUCUCCUCAACAAUGUCAAAACUUGUAUCUUCCACCUUCCCCCAACUCCUACUCCUUCACCCUCUUCUCCUCUCCCUCUACUUAAUCACUCCCAUCUCCACUACUGCUCCCCUAAACUUCUUUGAAAAGGAAGCUCUUUUAUCCAUCAUGGAUUCCAUAUCCUCCGAUAGAGACUGGAGAUCCUACAGCAGCGAAGAUCCCUGCAAUCCAAGCUCCUCAUGGCCUGGUUUAGAGUGCAAACCCGGUUCAGAUAACCGUUUUCAUGUAACUAAACUAGUCUUUGGAACCCAUCCUAACCCAACUUGCAGAAGCUCUGCUACUUUUCCCUUUCAAAUCUUUAAUCUUCCAUAUCUUCAAUCCAUCCACUUCCUUAACUGCUUCAAAAUCAAGAAGACAACACUCUUCUUACCCCACUCAAACUUCUCUUCUCUUCAGCAGCUUAGCCUCAAAGCAAAUCCAGCUCUCAUUGGGCCUAUCCCAACUCAAAUCUCCUCUCUUGAAUCAAUCCAAGUACUUACUCUCUCACAAAACAAUCUCCGAGGCGAGAUUCCAGAGGCCAUCUCUACCCUGACCUCUUUGAUUCAUCUUGACCUUAGCUAUAACAGAUUAACAGGCAAAAUUCCAGCCCAGGUGGGGAAACUGAGCAGCCUUGUAGACCUUGACCUUAGCUAUAAUUCUCUUAAUGGUCCAAUUCCAACAUCAAUUGGAGAAAUGGGCAUGCUCCAGAAACUAGACUUGAGUUCCAAUUCACUACUAGGAAGCAUUCCACAGAGUGUAGAGAACCUGAAGUUAUUAACUUUCCUUGCUUUAAGUGAAAAUAGGUUGAGUGGUUAUCCUAAGCCUCCCAAUGGCCUCGCCAAUCUUCAGAACCUUCAAUACUUGUUCAUGGAUAGCAAUCCGAUGUUCGUUCCAUUGCCGCCGGAGCUUGGAAGGCUGCAGAGGCUGCAGGAACUCAAGCUAGCAAACUCCGGCUACUCUGGGCAGAUUCCUGCAAGCUUCACCUGGCUGAAGAACUUAACUGCUUUAUCCUUGGAGGACAAUCGACUCAGCGGUGAAAUACCUCCUGGGUUGGGUGGACUUAAUAGGAUAUAUCACUUGAAUCUUAGCAGAAAUAUGCUUGCUGGAGUUGUUCCUUUUAGUGUUGAAUUUCUUAGGCGGCUUGGGAGGAACUUGGAUUUGAGUGGGAAUUCUGGGCUCUGUUUCAAUGGUAGCUCUAAUGAUUUUAAAGGAAUUUUUAAUGGAGUUGGUGUCUGUGGAAGUAGACUUUCUUCCACUACUCCCAAUAUUCUGCAUCCAUUGAAGAGUUCCUCUGUGUCUUCUUCUUCUUCUUUUGUGUAUUGGGUGUUUGGCUUUAUGAGUUUCAGUGCCAUAUACCUUUGCCUUGGCCUUUGCCUUACUUAGGCAGUGCACUGCCCUCCCUCUGGUUUUUAUUGAUUUACUUCUUUCUUGGUUCAGUCUCUUGCUUGUUGUGUAUUUUGCCAUAACUUAUUAAUAAUUAUGAGUUUGAUCACUUUCAUGGAAAAUUGAAGGAAGUUUGUAAUUAUAUGUUUGGGUGCAAUGCUUUCUUUCUUUUUAUGCUUGGUUUAAGUCCUUAGAGAUGACACUGAAUGUUGCACUUUGAUUCACACUGUAAAGGUUUUAGCAUAUUAAUCCUUAGAACAUGAAGUGCUCUGCAGGUGCCAACAUAUAUUGAAAAAAAGAGAUUAUUAGUGAGAUUAUUAGUAAAUUAUAUUAUAAAGGAACAACACGCCAAUCGAUUUAGAAAAAAAUACAGGAGUAAAUUGAGGAGUAAAACAAAAAAUGAGCUCAGGGGUCCAAACGGAGAAAUAUCAGAAAGGGCUCCAACAAAGAGGAAAGUUAAUAUCCGGGAAGCUCUAAAUAGUAUCCCCAGUAGAGGCAAAUGGCAAAAGCCUCAAAGACUAAGCACCACAUG